GCACGCACGCUCGCCGGCGUCGACAGGCGGGCUAGGUGACGAUCAUGUGUAGUCCACGCGUCGUCGAAAGUAAGUUACAGUCCGCCAGUCGCAAGCUCGGAAGGAAGGAGGUGCAAGUCCACGGCUUCUAUCGAACCGUAACACGGUGCCCCCAUGGGUGGAGGAGGACCGCGUAGAAAGUAACGACAACGUUAUCGCUUUUUUUUUUUUUUUUUUUUUUAAACUUGUAUCGUGGACGCGCUUUUUGACCCAAAAAGGUUCCACGAGCCAUAUGAGGAAGUUGCUGUUUUGACAGCUCGGAGCAAGUCAGCUCGCUUUUCGUCCCGGCUUUUUUUUCUUUUUUGUUUUUGUUUUUUUUUCUUUUCCCCACCACGAGGAGUUGCAUGACUCGAACCCUUGGCUAAACUCAACCGCCGACAUGAGAGCUCAAAUAGAAGUGAUACCCUGCAAAAUCUGCGGGGACAAAUCGUCAGGGAUCCACUACGGUGUCAUCACCUGUGAAGGCUGCAAGGGUUUCUUCCGACGCAGCCAGCAGAACAAUGCCAUGUACUCCUGCUCCCGACAGAGAAACUGCCUGAUUGAUCGGACCAAUCGCAACCGCUGCCAGCACUGCCGGCUGCAAAAGUGUCUCGCUCUGGGCAUGAGCCGUGACGCAGUGAAGUUUGGCCGCAUGUCCAAGAAGCAGCGCGACAGCCUGUAUGCGGAGGUCCAGAAGCACCAACAGUCCCAGGAAUGCGCCAACACGGCAGCCCGGGAAAAGAACGGCGACAUGGCCGACCACGGCCGCACCUACAGAAGAGUGUCCAGCACCGCGCUCAGCGAUCUGGACGACUUUACCACGCUGCCCGACGGCCUGCUCUUCGACCUGCCGCUGACCCCCGAGGACGGGGGCGGCGAGUACGGAAACCUGGACAUGCUUGCCGGCAGCACGGGCAGCAGCUCGUCCUCUCAAAGUUCGCCGGAACAGACCAACUUGGACUUUGCGGAGGGCAACCACAGCAUCAAGCACGAAUACCAGUUGUUGCACGACUCUGGGCUCUUCUCGCACGCCAUCCUCAACCCGCUGCCCGAAGGGUGCUCCCUGCUUGAGCUAGAGCACGUCACUCAAUGUGUGGUGAAGUCCCAUAUCGAAACAAGCCAGUACACUACAGAGGAGCUGAAGAGAAUGGCGUGGUCCACAUACAGCAUGGAAGAGACCCGAAUGUAUCAGACUAAGUCAGCUGAGGUGAUGUGGCAACAAUGUGCCAUCCACAUCACCAACGCCAUCCAGUACGUGGUGGAGUUUGCUAAGCGCAUCUCUGGCUUCAUGGACCUGUGUCAGAAUGACCAGAUUAUCCUCCUCAAAGCAGGCUGCAUGGACGUCCUUCUGAUCCGAAUGUGUCGAGCCUAUAAUCCCAUCAAUAACACGUUCCUCUUUGAUGGAAGGUUCGCCCCCGCUCACUUCUUUAAAGCACUUGGCUGUGAUGACCUCGUGACGGCCGUGUUCGACUUGGCCAAAAGCCUGAGUCGUAUCCAGAUGUCUGAGGAGGAGAUGGCCCUCUUCACUGCCGCUGUGCUGCUUUCACCAGACCGACCCUGGCUGACAGAUGUGCAACAGAUUCAGAAACUUCAGGAGAAGGUCUAUGUAGCUCUCCAGCGCUGCUUACAAAAAGGCGGCGCAUCAGAAGAAAAACUUGCCAAGAUGGUGUCCAAACUCCCCAUCAUGAAGUCCAUUUGCAAGCUCCACAUCGACAAACUGGAGUUUUUCCGUCUGGUCCACCCCGAGACGGCGUACACUUUCCCCCCGCUGUACCGCGAGGUGUUUGGCAGUGAAAUCACUUUCCCAGACUCCACAGAGGGCUAAGCGGCGUCGCAAAUCCCACCGCGAUUCCGCAACAGAGACUGUGUGAGGGAGCGAGAGAGAGAGCGAGACUAAAUGAUGUGGCACCAAGCUGAGGCGAAAGGCAAAGUGGCCGCUCAAUGACAAUCCUGCACGCUACACUUUAGGACGCACUCCUCUCACCUCGGAAACUCCCGACUGACCCACGCUGCCCCUCCUCGCACCGCGCUGAACGGUGCUCCUCGGUACCGCUCUUUUGAAGAGAGCUCAGAGAAAGGAUUAAAGAGUGGCCUCGACAAUUUGUAUUCUCCAAAUUAUUUUUCUAAGUCCUUAAGGCAGACGUCGUUUCUACUACAGUUCUCACAGCUAUGGUUGAAUGUAACCCCACCCUGUGCCCCCUUAAAGCGUGCAGCACAGCCUCAAGGCCUCAUCCCGAAUGUACAGUACAGACUUUAAAUCCUCACUUACCUUGCACAGAUUUUUUUUCAAUUUAUUAUUAUUAUUUUUAAUCCGUUUCAGUCGUCAUUCUGGUAACAGUUAACCACUUUUCGCACAGCAUCAGUUAUCGCCUUGUCGCAGGCUUUUUGCCCUGCGAACAAAGCGUUCAAAGGACCCCUGAUCAAAUUCACAUCCGUCUUUUUUCCUCUUAGGAGCGUUUAUGCAGGUAUUUAUUCUUUUUUUUUUUUCAAACAAGCACACCCUCAAACACUGAUGUAAAUGGGCUCUUUUUGAUGCAAUCUUUACCUCAGUCCCGUGUGCCCUUUCCCUUUUGCAUAUGCCACUUAGAGAAGAAUCACAAAAGCGAUUGUGAACAUAUUUUCAGAGUUUUCAUUUUAUAUAUAUAUAUAUAUAUAUAUAUAUAUACGGCUAUAUAUAUAUAUAUAUAUAUAUAUAUAUAUAUAUAUAUAUAUAUAUAUAUAUAUAUAUAUAUAUAUAGCCGUUAGUAGGAGACAAAUACGCACACAUACUGCCUGCCCGUACGUUGGCGUUCCGGGACGAAAGGAUUGUUAUAGCUGUUGAGACAAUACAGUGGUUAAUUACAAUUUACGAGUCCGUGUUGGGCUUCGAAACAACUACUUUUUUUGGGGGGUGGCGGGGAGGAGGGGGGUGGAAGCCCUUUGUGACCCGUAUCUGUGGAGUCACGCCCCUGCGUAUUGUAGAUGACCUGUGUGAACUAGGGUUGCAAACUUGGAAACUUUAAAAAUAAACAGGAACAAUUCACAAAAUUGAAGUUGGGUCCUUAUUCAGGAACUUAAAUAUAGUUUCUAUUUUAGCAUAAUCCUGACUAAAACAACAGAAUUCAUGCAAGGACAGUGGUACUUUGACUUAAGAGUGCCCCAACUCAAGAGUUUUUACAGUUACUAGCAGUCGCUUGGUUGUUUAUUGUUUUGUUUUUACUGUGUGUUGUGAGCCGAAAUUUGAGUAACCAUCAAUUCCCAAUUAAUUCCCAUGGAAAGUUUCCGAUUUGGGAUAUUUCCAAAAUUCACCGGCAAUUUUCCACCUCUUUGCAACCCUAGUAUGAACAAGGUUCCGUUGCAUCUCAGCAUCUUGUUAACCCCGACAGUUGAAGUAAUGACCAGAGCAGUACUUGCCAUUAUGGGCUACAUGGCCACAGCGUGUUUUGAGUGGAGGGGGUGGAGGCAAAAGAUAAAGAGUGAACAGAUGGGCCGUCGAUUUAUUUAAGCUCCUUAGAUGUCAGUUAGAGCGGAUUUAUUAUCCGCACCAACUCUCACUUGCAGUGGAGCCUUCCUCCAGAGUCGAACGCAAUCCGUUCUGUGAUGCUGGCUGACUUCCAUUCUCAAUUGAUUUUGUUCGCCCCCGUGACAUCUAAGCUUAAUUAAUUUGUUUGUAAACAAAUUACAAAAAGUGUGACGAGGUGGGGGUAGAUUCCACAAACACACAAUUAAUUUAUGAAUAGGUGGAGGUUCACUCUUUGUGUAUUGACUAUAUGACAUCUCGUGUGACUUACACUAAGUUUUGUUUGUAUUUUGAGGAAACAUUUCGCCAGAAGAUUUUGGUUGAACUCUAAUUUGGCCUCGACGUCCCAACCCGCUCGUCCCGCUUACCCUUUACUACCUCAUCCUCUCACAAACAUUGAUACUGAAAAGCGUCUGCACGAUGUACAGUACUCACAAAAACGGUAGGGAUAUUGGGCUUUUGGGUGGAAUUUCGGGAUGAACUGAAAAUGCACUUGAAUCUUUACAAGUGAGCUUAAUUUGGCCUCUUAACUUUUGAACGUCCACUUGUUCAAUGCUCUAGCACUGUUUGCACAACUUACUGUUCUUUAACAAGGAGCUGAACGGCAAAAUCGAAUGUUACUGCAAACUCACACCACUCUGUACAGAAAUAAGUUAGGCAAGCCAUGAGGAAAGAGUGCAUAAAAGGCAGAAAAGGUCCAAAGUUUGGGAUGAUUUCACACUUCAAAAUAAGAUGAAGUGCAAAGGUUGUAAAGCAGAACUAACUAAUGGACCGCAACAGCACGAUCGCCAGCACAAACUAUUAAGACGCAAGACUGGCUAACCUGAGCUAACAACGGCCAACAGUGCACUUGUUUGUUGACGCACACGUCACUCACCAGGCCAGGCCCCGAUUUUUAAAGCCACACACAUUCAAAGUCACAGAUGCUACAGUGUAGAACAUGAUGGUGACUCCAUGUGGACAAAAAUAAUACUUGCACCUCACAUGCAUAUUUUGUAUUUGUAUUGUUUAAUCAUGCAAAAAUAAAUUAUUUUCCAAUUCAUCCUUUUGGAUAAUCGCUAUGAUUCAAACGCCAGUUUGUGAAUUUUGCUGUUCAGCUCCUCUUAGAGAGCAGAAACUUGGGCAAACAAGUACUAAAACAUUUAACAGUUGGACAUUUAAAAGUUUAGACAAGGUCAAACUAGUUCAUCUAUUAAUGUUAUGUUGCAUUUAGUUUUCUUCUUCAAAUGUAACCUCAAAGCCCAAUAUCCUACAUUGUUUUGCAAGUCGCGUGUCACAACUACACUCGUUUGAAAUCACAAUUUAUUUUUUUUGAAAAGGCAAAACCACAAACUGCUGCCAGUAUUCCACAGUAGCUUGUGCUAGCUUUGCUGUGUUGUUUGUAGCAUAUUGAGACAAUCAUAUACAUCGGAUUUUAAAUAUUUCAGUCAGAUUUGCGUGGCACUGCUGGGACAGUGCUGUUGGCCAUACAGCGAAUGAUCUCAAGUAGCGUUAAAAAACAAAACAAAAAAACAACAGCAACAACAACAAAAAACGAGAUGCCGCCCUAGCCGGUACUUGGCGGCACAGUGGGAUUGUGCAAUUGGGCCUUUGUUGCCAUGCAUUUAACUUUAAAGUAGCAUAAUUUAGAAUUUUUUUUAUUUUAAAAUGUUCGUUAGAUUCUAAUAUGACAAAUUCACAGCUGACACCUGCGCAGGGUUGGCCGGAUUGUAACAAGGUGCAAUACUUUGUCGUAGAAUGUUUAAUCACGCUGAUUAUUAUUAUUUUUAUUUUUUUUCUCCAAUCGUUGCAAUCCUGCCCAACCCAAUUAUAGUGGGACAAAAAGUUCCCGGUUGAAGUUCCUCAGGGUGAUAGCUCGGCUCUCUGUCCUGUCCUGCGGUGUCUACAAAGCACCCCGCACCAACAAACUGUUGACGACCUUUGAACCUUGAUCACUGUGUACAGUAAAUGUUCUUGUGAAUGUUAAAUUACAGAAAGUAUCAAAGAUUUUAACCCUUUUGAUCAUUGUUAUUGCGAGAUACGUUGAGUUGACGUUAUAGAUGAAAUAGCAUAUUGAUACAAGUAAAAAAUAAAGAGAAAAGUAAAAUGCAUAUAAAAUAUUAAUUAUAAUCUCUGAUCCUUGUCUUGGUUUUGAUGUGAUCUUCAAUUUUUUCCUGAUAUGUACCGUCAUAUUUUCCUCAUCAGUUUGUCCUUUUCGUCUUUCGGAGAGAUGUAAUUCAAUUUUUUUUUAAAGAGCAUUUUUAAAUAUGUCUCCCAGCAAGUUUCUUUUUCUUUUGUCAUGAUCUGUCUGUUUAUGAUAUUGUCACUCUAUUUUAAGAUUGUUAUUAUUAUUAUUAUUGAAUCAUGAUAGAUUUAAAUGAAAACUAAUUUAUGUCAUGUCAUGAAUAAACAAGCCAGAACGGUUAUUAACACGAGAAAGUGUUGUUGCACAAUGGUGAUAUACUUUGUGGAUUUAAGAAUGUAAUAAAAUUCUUUUUACAAUUAAAAACACGUGGCAGUGA